AGGCUAGUUCUCUUCAAGUUGAAUAACUCAUCCUCAAUACUUAAAAAUGGCUACUACACUAGCACUUCAGUUCCUCACAGUGGUUCUUUUCUUCUUUAUGAUUGGCCAAGACAUCAAUGCCAGAGACUUGAAGGUGGAGUUGCAAGAUCAGGAUCAAGUGGACUCGAAUGAUAAACCUUACAUGACUCAAUAUUUCAAACACGAAGCCAAGAACCAAGAUUACACUACCGGGUACAAGAUUUAUAGCCAUGAAUCCAAUGAACCUUACAUAACUGGCUAUGGUAGACAUCAAGUCAAACAACCAGAUUUCAAUGGACCUUACAUAACUCAAUAUAGUAAACAUGAAGCCAAGAAUCCAGGUUACACUACCGGGUACAAGACCCAUACCCAUGAAUCCAAUGAACCUUACAUAACAACCUAUGGUAGACAUGAAUCUAAACAACCGGAUUCCAAUGCACCUUACAUAACUCAAUAUUUCAAACACGAAGCCAGGAACCCAGAUUACACUACCGGGUACAAGACCCAUACCCAUGAAUCCAAUGGACCUUACAUAACUGCCUAUGGUAGACAUGAAGCCAAACAACCAGAUUCCAAUGGACCUUACAUAACUCAAUAUGGUAAACAUGUAGCCAAGGACGCAGAUUACACUACCGGGUACAAAACUUAUACUCAUGAAUCCAAUGGACCUUACAUAACUUCCUACAAUAGACAUGAAACCAAACAACUAGAUUCCAAUGGACCUUACAUAACUCAAUAUGGUAAACAUGAAGACAAGAACCCAGAUUACACUACCGGGUACAAUACUCAUACUCAUGAAUCUAAUGAACGUUACAUAACUCCCUAUGGUAGACAUCAAGCCAAACAACCGAAUUCCAAUAGACCUUACAUAACUCAAUAUGGUACACAUGAAGCCAAGAACCCAGAUUACACUACCCGGUACAAGACCCAUACCCAUGAGGCCAAAGGACCUUACAUAAGUGCCUAUGGUAAUCAUGACGCCAAACAAUCAGAAUCCAAUGGACCUUACAUAACUCAAUAUGGUAAACAUGAAGCCAAGAACCAAGAUUACACUACUGGGUACAAAACCCAUACCCAUGAAUCCAAUGAACCUUACAUAACUGCCCAUGGUAGACAUGAAGUCAAACAACCGGAUUCCAAUGGACCUUACAUAACUCAAUAUGGUAAACAUGAAGCCAAGAACCCAGAUUACACUACCGGGUACAAGACCCAUACCCAUGAAUCCAAUGAACCUUACAUAACUGCCUAUGGUAAACAUGAAGCCAAACAAUUGGAAACCAAUGGACCUUACAUUACUCAAUAUGGUAAAUAUGAAGCCAAACAACAAGAAUCCAAUGGACCUUACAUAGCUUCUUAUGGUAAACAAGAUGCAAAGCAAGCAGAUUACCUUAUCGGAUACAUAUCUGCUGGAAAUGAUCCAAAAGGCCCCCCAUCAACCAACUCAAAAGAUCUAGAAGGCCACCCAUCUCUUAACUUGGAUCGCACAGAAGCUUUCAAGGUAGGAUUUUUCAAUUUGGAUGAUCUUUAUGUUGGAAAUGUAAUGACCCUUCAAUUUCCCAUCCAAGAGAUUUCACGUUUCCUCUCAAAAAAAGAGGCUGACUCAAUUCCUCUCGCAAUGUCACAACUCCCAAGUGUUUUUCAACUUUUCUCAAUCCCUGAAGAUUCUCCUCAAGCUAAAUCCAUGUUAGGAUCACUUGAACAGUGUGAAGCGGAAACCAUUACAGGGGAGACAAAGACUUGUGUAAACUCCCUAGAGUCCAUGCUCGAAUUUGUUGACACGAUCAUUGGUUCAUACGCGAAACAUAAUAUUCUCACUACCACCAAACCCUCAUCGACAGCCAUCCCUUUACAGAAUUACACCAUUUUGGAAGUAUCACAUGAUAUUGAUGCUCCCAAAUGGGUAGCUUGUCAUCCCCUCUCAUAUCCAUAUGCCAUUUACUUUUGUCAUUACAUAGCUACAGGGACUAGAGUGUUCAAGGUCUCACUUGUUGGUGAUGCGAAUGGAGAUAAAAUGGAAGUUGUUGGAAUUUGUCAUUUGGACACAUCUGAUUGGAACCCAGAUCAUAUUGUAUUUAGGCAGCUUAGGGUUACCGCUGGGAAGAACUCUCCAAUGUGUCACUUCUUACCUGUGAACCAUCUUAUGUGGGUUCCAAUGCAGCCUUCAAAAGCCACCAUGUGAAGUGAGUUGGUCUAUCUAAACUUGUAUAAUAAAGGUUUAUCAAUCUCACUAGUGAUACUAGUGAUUGAUGAGUGAUGACCAAUUUCAUGUUUGUAUGUCUUGUUUUUUUGGAGGAAACAUGUUUGUAUGUAUUGUUAUUGCUACUUUUUUAUGCAUAAAUAAAUUAAAAAUUAUGAUAGGUAGAAA